UCUGUUAACUGGUCCUUCCUGGAUUGUAUGAUGGCAAAGUUCAACUUUAGUACAAAGUGGAGGGCAUGGAUCAAAGAAUGCCUAUCAUCAGCUACGGUGUCAGUGCUAGUAAAUGGAAGCCCAACAGAAGAAUUCCCAAUUUCAAAAGGGCUUCGACAAGGUGAUCCCCUUGCUCCAUUUCUAUUUUUAAUGGUGGCUGAGGCACUGAACGGAUUGAUUCAAAACGCUGUGGAGUUGGAUUUAUAUAAAGGAGCAAUAGUUGGUGAGAGGAAUUUUGCGAUUUCCCAUCUCCAAUUUGCGGAUGAUUCAAUAUUUUUCUGUGAAGCCUCAACUCAAAAUGUGUGGGCUAUUAAAUGCAUUCUGAGAAGCUUUGAGCUUGUCUCUGGUCUUAAGGUGAAUUUCUACAAAAGUGCCCUGUAUGGUAUCAAUAUGGAUGAGACUGAACUCGAGACUUUUGCUAGGAAAUUGAAUUGUGUGGUAGGUUCAAUACCAUUUAAAUACUUGGGAGUUCUGGUGGGUGCAGAUCAGAAAAAAGUAUCUACUUGGACACCUACAGUUGACUACUUGAGGAAAAAACUAUCUAGUUGGAGAUGCAAUAAUCUAUCCUUUGGAGGCCGCAUUGUGCUCUUAAAUUCUAUCCUUUCAAGUAUCCCGGUCUAUUACUUCUCAUGCUAUAAGGCACCCAAAAAGGUAACCAAUCUUAUUACUUCAAUUCAACGCAAUUUCUUGUGGGGAGGGGGGGGAGAGGAUAAACGCAAAAUUGCUUGGGUGUCAUGGGAGAAAAUUUGCAGAGAGAGGGAGGAGGGAGGCCUAGGUGUAAGGAAGGUAGAAUUGUUCAAUAGAGUGCUAUUAGGCAAAUGGAGAUGGAGGUUGUUAAAAGAAGAAGAUUCAUUGUGGAGGAAGGUAUUAGCAGAGAAGUAUAAUAUUAAUAGGAAAAAUGAAUGGGAGGGAGGUCCAUGGAGAGGGAGUAGCUCAAGGUGGUGGUCUGAUUUAUGGAAGCUAGAUAAGGAUUACAACAGUGAGGGAUGGUUUAGGAUGAAUGUGUUCAAAGUAGUUGGUGAGGGAAGUGAAACACUUUUCUGGCAUAACAUAUGGGUAGGGAAUGGCCCUCUUAAGGAAAAAUAUGAUAGAUUAUAUAGGCUAUCGAAGGAUAAGGAUGCUUUAAUUUCUGAUAUAGGAGAUUGGAGUGAGAGGGAGUGGCAAUGGAGAUGGAGAUGGAGGAGGCCUCUUUUUGCAUGGGAACAUAAUCUUUUGCAAGAACUUCAAUUGGAAUUACAAGGAGUGCAGAUAAAACAAGGGCAACAAGACAAUUGGAUUUGGAAAAAUGGACAAAAGGAAGGAUACUCAGUACGAUCGGCAUAUAAAAUGCUGUCAUCAAAACCAAGGGAAGCAGAAGCUGCUGUUUAUACUACAAUUUGGAAUAAGCACGUUCCAUUUAAAGUGACAGCCUUUGUAUGGAGAGCACUACAACAUAGAAUACCCACAAAGGAAAAUUUGUUUAAGAGAGGAGUUAAAAUUCAAAAUAGUGACUUCUCCUGUGCACAAUGUGGACAAGUGACUGAGACCACAGAUCAUUUAUUAUUUGAAUGUGAAAAAUCAUGGCUGAUUUGGACUUCAUGCUACAAUUGGUGGGGCAUACAAGUGUGGUCUGGUUUUGCAUUGUAUGGUCCUUAUGGUUAUGGAGAAAUGGCCAAAUCUUUCAAGAGGAGGCAACUACAAUGGAAAAGGUAAUAGAGCUUGUCAAAUGCCGAUCUUUUUUUUGGAUUAAAGCUAGCAUCUGUUCUGAUCUUGAUUGGAAUUCAUGGCUAAAAUCACCAAUGGAAGCAUGUAGGCUAAGGAAUUAAUCCUUGAUUUGACU